CCCCUCCCUCCAGUGUCCGACACCAGCUGCUGGCCUGUCUUGAUUGCGUGUGUGUGACACGCUGUCGAUUGCAGUAGAGUACUGGUCCUAAACGCAUCACCAUCAUCAGUCAACAUCACAAAAAGGAAAGCAUCUGAUAAAUAUGGCGGCCUUGGUUUUGAAGACGGCGGAGAGACUCCUGUACAGGAACCUGUGCGCAGCUCGCAGGGCUCAUUUAAACGCCGCCACGCGAUCCGCCAACAAGAUCUGUUGCUGUUACUUGUCUACAACUAGCAACCGGUACACUCAGUUCUACAAUAACCCUUUUGAUGCAGUGAAAGAUAUUCCCAAUGGUUCCACGUUGCUGGUGGGAGGUUUUGGCUUGUGUGGGAUCCCAGAAAACUUGAUCAACAGUUUACUGAAGACAGGAGUGAAGAGCCUCACCGCAGUCAGCAAUAAUGCUGGGGUGGACGAUUUUGGCCUGGGGCUUCUCCUGCAGACCAAGCAGAUCAAGCGGAUGAUCUCAUCCUAUGUGGGGGAGAAUGCAGAGUUUGAGCGCCAGUACCUCUCUGGGGAGCUGGAGGUUGAGCUCACGCCUCAGGGCACCCUAGCAGAGAGGAUUCGGGCUGGGGGUGCAGGCAUCCCAGCAUUCUUCACUGCCACAGGCUAUGGUACACUCAUUCAGCAGGGUGGCUCGCCUAUCAAGUAUAGCAAAGAUGGCAGCAUCACCAUCGCCAGUGAGGAGCGGGAGGUGCGGACUUUUAACGGAAGGCAUUAUAUAAUGGAGAAAGCCAUCACAGGGGACUUUGCUCUGGUCAAGGCCUGGAAAGCUGACCGUGCUGGGAACAUUGUUUUCAGAAAAACAGCAAGAAACUUCAAUCAGCCCAUGUGCAAAGCAGCCAAAGUCACAAUUGUGGAGGUGGAGGAGAUCGUGGAUGUGGGGACUUUUGCUGAGGAGGACAUUCACAUCCCAAGCAUCUAUGUCCAUAGGGUUGUUCAAGGCAAGCAAUAUGAGAAAAGGAUAGAGAAACGGACUGUGAAAAAAGCACAGGCAGAGAAGCCCAAACCGAAGAAGGAGUCGGACAUGGUUCGAGAGAGAAUCAUUCGACGAGCAGCUCUAGAGUUUGAGGAUGGGAUGUACGCAAACCUGGGCAUUGGGAUUCCUAUGCUGGCUAGCAACUUUAUCAAGCCUGACAUCACAGUGCACCUGCAGAGUGAGAAUGGUAUCCUGGGCCUGGGGCCUUACCCAACGGAGGACCAGGUGGAUGCAGACCUCAUCAAUGCCGGUAAAGAGACGGUCACCGUGCUUCCAGGCGCUUCCUACUUCUCUAGUGAUGAGUCCUUUGCCAUGAUCAGAGGGGGUCACAUUAACCUGACCAUGUUGGGAGCCAUGCAGGUGUCUCGGUAUGGAGAUCUGGCCAACUGGAUGAUCCCGGGAAAGAUGGUCAAAGGCAUGGGUGGAGCCAUGGACCUUGUGGCUAGUGCUGGGACUAAAGUCGUUGUCACCAUGGAACACUCUGCCAAGGGAGGUGGACACAAGAUCUUGGAGAAGUGCAGUCUUCCGCUGACUGGGAAGCAGUGUGUAGACCGCAUCAUUACAGAGAAGGCUGUGUUUGAUGUGGAUAAGGACCAAGGGCUCAUUCUGAUUGAGGUGUGGGAGGGCCUUACCCCAGAUGACAUCAAGAAGUGUACAGGGGCAGAUUUUGUGGUUUCGCCAAACUUGCAACCAAUGCAGCAGAUUUGAAAAUGAAUGAACUUUCAACAUUUAAUAUCUUUGAAGCCUUCAUCAUCAACUUAGACUGGACACAUCCUGACAUUACCACAAACUUCUUCAGUGUCUGAAGAAUGCCUUCUGUGAAUGCAUCAUAUCCAUUGUAUUUAAUUCACUUAGGGUGUCUGCUAAAGCAAAGAUGAAAUCUAGACUGGAGCAUUAUUAUGGUGACAAAACAAGUAUAUAGUGUUGAUGUUGGUCAUUUUCAAUUCUUGUGCAGUUAAAUUUCAUAACAAGUAAAAUAUGUAAUGCUUAAAUUAACACCUGAUACUGGCAUUUGUUUUUAUUAAAAAAAAAGGACCUUCAGAAUCAAGUUUCUUCCCCCCCUCCCCUCUCCAUCAAGGAGAUGUGGAUAUUGAUGAUGCCUUUCAGUUAUAGGUUCUUCUGAGUUUGUCUUUCUUUUCAAUAGUUUCUUCCUUGGUCUUUGUACAAAAUAUUAAAGUCUGUGUGCCACUGCAGCUUGAUGUUUUAACAUU